CCAAAGUAACGACCAAAAAAAUUGGUCGCGGAUAACUUUUGGCGACCAAAAAUUGACUUUUAGCGACCAAUUUUUUUGUUGCCAAAAGUGUUAAUUCUUGUAGUGUUCACUAUUUGGUCUGUAUUAGGUUUGGUUAGCUUUUUCUUGGGUGAGGUUGUUUUUGGUGUUUGUGGUUAGUACUUUUGGUUGUUUAUUGCUGUUUGCAGGUACAUUGCUAAGACAUUGUAAGUGAUGAUGAUGAUGAUGAAGAUGUUACUCCUGAAAAUAACGGCACCGUGGAGUAGCCAAAACUUUUAGGUCUUCAUCCCGGAUUAAAUGAGAAGAUUUUCCUUGUUUUGAUUUGACAUUAAUUACGUGAAAAUGAAUCUUUAUCAUCUUCAGAAGCUUAUUACUUUUUUUAAUGUAUGUAAUGGAAUUCUUUUUAUCUUUCAGAUUCUCUUGAAGAAUGGUCCUUAUGGGUUCCAGCUUGGUGAGGACAGGAAGGGAUACUUGCCUAAAAGAGCUUCUGUUUCCCAAGUGACUGGUUGGGUGGUUGAAUACCAAGAUAAUCUGGUAAGCCUUGGUGUUGAUGAGACCUUAGCUCAAGUUUGUUCCGAGAGUGGUGCAAUGGAUUCCCUUAUGAAUGCAUAUGUUGAAAGAAUGAAAGCUACAACAAGGAAAUGGUACUUGAAUAUCCCUGAGGCUGAUAAAGUACAACUACCAAAGAAAACAAAUGAUGGAAAGCUAUAUACACCUGCUGCUCGUGAAAAUAGCAUUGAUGUCAUGCUGUACAGAAUUGCUUUGUCCAUUAUUCAGAUGGAUGAACUCGUGCACGAAGCUAAAUUGUACAUGACUGAUUGGUGCUAUAAGAAUUUUUGGAAGUAUUAUAUAUUUUUGAAUAGAUGUGUAUGGAAAGUAUUUCGGUAGACUAGUAGUUAUAUUUUUGGAUAGACUAGUAGUUAUAUUUUUGAAUGGGUGUAUAUGGAAAAUAUUUGGGUAGACUAGUUAUAUUUUUUGAUAGAUGCGCAUGGAUAAAAAUUUAAAUUGGAGGAAUAUGUACUUUGGAAUUACUCGUGGAUGGAAACUUAUAAUAGUUGUUGACUUUUAUUAA